CUGACGAAGAUUCUAAAUCCACGAAUGUGAUUGGCUACAGGCGCCCGUUCUUUUUUCUGGGCCAAUCGCUAACGUUCUCAUUCAAAGAGCUUUAUUUGAGUUUAUUCGCACGGGAAGCGUGUUACGGAAGGUCACGUGACGACUGGAGUUUGCUGCAGUCUGUGUGUGUGUGUUUGUGUUGUCAGCAGAAAUCCAGUGUGGAUACACACAAGGAUACAGUCAAUGUCUUUGCUGGAGGACAUCGUUGACCUGCUGAGAUGUGUGCUAGAAUACUUUGGAGUCCCGGCUGACAUGUUGGUUCCGGUAUGGGACAGUACUCAUUGUGGACAGUACCGCAGCAUUGUCCGUAUGAUUGGGACAAACCUUCCCCUCUCUCCUUAUCCCCGUCUGCGCUUUCAGAUUCCUUUGCAGACAUUCAAUACACAUGGCCACAUUGAUGUUUCAGUAGACGCUCCAGCUAUUCCUACAUUAGCUGAUGUGCUUUGGCUGGUGGAUGAUGAGGGGGAGAUCCACACUAAAUUCAGGAAUGCUGUCCCACUUAGGAAACACUGUGUACAGCAAGGAUUUGAGAUUCCCUCAGUGAGAUCGGAACGGCCAUUGCCUGUGUCUGUGCAUGCUGAGAGAGGAGGCAGGGUGUUAGGACAGAGCACCCAACCAGAAGCCCUGCAGAAGAUCUCUGCUUUGGAGGAGGAGCUUCAAAAACUACGAGCACAGAUUGCAAUGAUAGUCAUUGCUCCAACAGCUGACACCAGUACCCCAUGCUCUACACCUUUACGACCUCCUAUCCUCACUUCAACUCCUGUGUGUCCUCCUCCGCCCCCUCCACCCCUACCUCCUCCUCCGGCUGUGGGCAGCUCCAUGGAGGUGUCUGUGACGGAGGUGAUCCGACAGAGACAGGCAGCGAAAAGAGGAAAGGCAGAGCAGAUGGAGCCUCCUGUGGGUGUGGCACCUGCUGCUCUGCCAUCCAUGUUGGAGGUGUUGAGAGACAUAAAUCACGUCAAACUGCGUUCGGUGGAGAGAUCUCCAGGUGGAACACCAGUAAGAAGACAGAGGAGUAAAGGUGUAGCGUGUGCGUCCGACCCAGCGGCUCUCAUCGCCGAAGCACUGAAACGAAAAUUUGCACACAGACAGAGAGACGAUUCGUUUGGCAAAGAGAACUGCUCAGCUGAAUUUUCUCCAUUCAGCAGUCCAGACACACCCAAAAUCUUCCAUCAAACCAGACGCAGCCAGGGACGCAUUCACAUUUGACCCUUGACCUUAAAGUUUCCCGGGAUCACACUUGUGAUAGACUUUUGUAUCAGAGGGAUUUUUCCUCUACUUGGGUUGCACUGUUUCUUUCCCUAUUCCUUAAUUUCUCUCUAUAAAUUUUACUCUCCAAACCUGGGCAUCUACCGGUGAACACUGUGCGUGUUUUGGAGCAAAGAGGCGUCAUUUUAUGCAGGCGUCAUACUUUUUUUUAAUUCAGAUUUUAUUUGUAAAUAUUUUGCUCAAAGGACUUAUACAUGUUAAUUGUGAAUGUCAAAGGUUAAUAGCAGCGAUGCAGGAUGUCAUAAGCCACCAUAAUUCAGUUUUGCUGAUCUAUGCAAUGCAGCUGUGCUUUUUGUGUUUUUAUAUACUGAUAACUUUACUUGAAGCUUAGACUAACAAAGGUUAUCUGCGUAACAGUUUUCGUAACAGUGAACUUCACGUUUGAAGAUUAGAUAAACGGUACCUGUUGCACGGGUGUUUGUUCAUUCAUCUAUUUCUCUUCCUCUAGAAAGUGCUAAUGAAAUCUUGCUCUCAAAAGCAAUAAAGAAAUGCUAAGCUUUGA